GGGCAAAUAAAACCCGCUCUAUUAACCAGUAGUUCCGAACUGGUAACUGACUUCUGAAUUUGUUGAUCCAUUGGCCUUCAUAAAUAGUUCGAAGAUUUGUCCGAGUAAAACGUAGCUUGUCUGUGUGAAUUAACGUGAUAAAAGCCAAAACCCCAUUCGAAAGUAACCUUAUAUUAAUCGGCUUUCGACCGUUCGUAACCUCGCAAUACCGAAGUCGAAAAGCUGGUUGAACUAACUAUACAGGUUUGGUUCUUCUUUUCGACAUUACGGAUCAUAUUUCGCGAAAUAUUAUUUUCCAUCGUUUAUAUUUUUCAUCUCCGCGUUAAUACAUAAAUUAUACGUAAACAUACAUAUACAAACAAUCGAGGAUGUGCGACAAUCAGAAAGAUGAACAAACAGACGAAACAACUCAAUCAAUCGAGUUGUCGUCAAAUGACAUUGAAAAAAUAGAAGAAGCCAAGCUUAGGGCCAAAUUCCCAAAUACUGGCGGACGCCCCAUUAGCGGUCAUUCUGCGUUUCUUCAGAAAAGAUUAGCCAAAGGACAAAAAUACUUUGAUUCUGGGGACUAUCAAAUGGCGAAACAAAAGUCAGCGGCGAAACCAAAACCUGCCGGUGUCCUACCAACAGGGGAUGCUAUCCCAACACCGGAAACUGUGCCACAACGGAAAACAUCGAUAAUUCAACAAAAAUUCAAUACAUCUACUAGUUCGUAAGGCAAAUUAUUGCCGUGCGUGUAACUUGGCACUGAAAGAAGAUUCGAUGUAUCGAUUCGUUCGUAUAAAAUCUAAACGCGUUUCACCAGCGCAAUCGCAUGGUGACCAGUCAUCCUCAACAAACAGUCAAAUGGACAAUUGGAUCCUGGCUGAGUUUUUUCUGAUUCAGUUUCUAUUCGUCUGUUUGUUAAUACAAUUUUUUUCCUAACUUUGAAUGAAAGUUUGCCAGUUCAUUGCUUCUGCAAUGACAAAUAUGGCAAACAUUACUAGAAAUUAUCACUUUGAGGACCUGACAGGCAGUAGUGAAGAAUCGUCCAGUUAUUUUUUACUCAUCGGCAUCAGCUAUACGAGAACGUUGGAAGAGAAAAUUGAUUCGUUAUUUUAUAUAGCAUUAAUUCUACAAAAUCUGUAUCAACAAUUGAAUUGAAGUUAAUUUAGAAUUGUAAAUGAGUAUGAUCUGCUGGUAAAUGACGCACCUAAUUGUUGAUUACUUACACACUGAAUCAGAUUAUAGCGCGACAUGCAUCUAUUAAAUAAAUAAUGCGCAUGCUGCAGCUUUGAUUUUAAUCUUGAUCUGCAUUUUGGAUACCGCUGUGAUUUGCUAAUGCUAUUUUUCUAUAAGAGUUUCGUUGUUACUUUGCAUUUUAUUUUAUUUUUUUUUUUUUCUCUUUUGUCAACAUACACAUGUCUUGUUAUCAUCAAGGUAUUCAUAUCGAUGAAGCUCAUUUAUCGAAACUUGAUUAUAAUUUGUAACGUAAUAGUUGCACAGCUACUAACUGUAUCUAGUUAUUAAUAUAUAUUAUCGUAAUAUCGCAAUUGUUUUAUUCUUUUACUCAAAUUAUAAUCCCUUGUCUUUAUUUUCCUAAAUCUUUUUCCAAAUAUGAAAGUAAUAUUCAUAUCAUCCUUAAAUGUAUCCACCGUUCAAUCGCCCGUGUAUAUUUAGUUUUAAAACUGUUCUUUUAUAACUAAAACAUGCAUUUGCACACGUAUAAUUAGUAAAAUGCAGGAAUUUGUUUAAAAAUCAAUCCAAUUUGAUAUCACGAGUUCUGACAUAAUUUUUUAUAGUUGCCUGUAAAGUUGGAAGGAAAAGAAAAGGAAAAAAAGUCAUGCGGAAUCUACAUCAGUUGAACCAUUGAAACUCAAAAUACACGGAGAGAAUAAAAGAGCAGAAUUUACUCGAAACUACAGAAAAAAAGGACACAUCAGGUUUUUUGGUUAAAUACACUUCGUAAAAUGCAGAAUUUACCCUAGAAACAGAAUUAAUCUGGUACGUAUAUAGAAAAAAAUAUAGUUGGCAUGGGUAUUUUUCACAAAAAACCUUAAUGUGUUUCUCUUUUCCUGCAGUCUGCUCUUUUUCUUCUGCCCAUGUUACUAUUCAGUUGACCUAACUACACCAAAUGAAAAUCAUUAAAAGUAACUAUACAUAUAUAGAUAGUAUUCCACCUGUGACAUCGAGACAAGUGAACGUGUUGCAGUAAGUUCUUUCGGUGGCAUAUUAUACUUUUUGUAAAAUAGGCUCAUCGUAACUAUUUUAUCUGAAUUUAGCAUAAAUGUGAAAAUAAAAUUAUAAUUUAUAACCAACGGCAUCAUUUUAUUAUGAACACUAUUUAUAUAUAUACACGGCUUCCUUUGAUUAUCAUCCAAUUAACAAAAAAAAAAUUUCGUCGCAAAUGAACCAGAGGCACUUCGAUCUCUUGAACUCACAACAUAAUUAUUGCACCUUCGUUAUUGUCUCUUAAGUACCCGAUUAUACUACAAUUACUUAAAUAACUUGCGAAUAAUAAUUUGUACCAAUUAUUUAGUAAUGUUUCAAUUUAAUCACUAAGUUUAUCCGAUUUACAAUUAAAACAGUAAGUUGAGUGAAAAUGUUUCCCUUCUUAUAGUUACCGCGAAAAUGAUAUGUAGGUCUGUUCUCAUAAGUAGGUACGUUCUGUCGUGGUUUAUUAUGCUAGAAUAAACUAAAUAAUGUACGUGAAAAGUAAGGAUUUCACCAUAAAAAUACAUAUUAUUAAAAAUAAAAACACAUAAAAUACACCGCGGUAUACUAUUUUGUGUAGGCCAAAACGGCAAUCAUAUUGUGUCGGCUCAGUUUGUGAUUGAUUUCGACCGAUCCCAUGUGUAAUAAUGGAAGUGGGGCUGCUACUCAAGAAACCUAGAGUUAUAACUGUGAUGUGUUGGCUAAAUAAAUUCACAAAUUUACUUAUAUCUCUCUACUGUGAUGGUUAUGCAGAGUCUCGGCAUGGUAUUAAUUACGGCUGUGCGAUGAAUCGAUCGAUUGACAAGACAAUUGAUCGCAGUCUAAGUGUAAAUGAUUCAUCGCACAGCCCUUGUAUAAA